AUGCUCCACCCUAUCCGGACGCCAGGUACGGUAGAGCUCUCCCUCACCCUCGUGGACGAUGAGGUCAUCCGCGAGGUCAACGCCGAGUUCCGCGGCGUGGAUGCGCCGACAGACGUGCUUUCUUUCGAGAUGGGGAGCGACGAGGGCGAGGACGACAGCCCAAAGGCAAGGCGUGUCCAGGUCCUGGGGGACAUCCUGAUCUCUCUGGACACAGCCGCGCGGCAGGCUGAGGAAAGGAGGCACGCCCUGGAGCAAGAGCUGCGAGUGCUUCUGGUGCAUGGUCUCCUUCACCUCCUCGGCCACGACCACGAAGAGGGCCCGGUGGAGGCGGCCGCCAUGGCGGACCUGGAGCGGCAGGUGCUGGCGGCGCUGGGCUGGCGCGGCCCCGGCCUCAUCGGCCUGGCUGAGGCCGACAGACCCGCCGGCGGCGCCCAGGAGCCGUCGCCCGGGGCACUCGGCGCCGGCAGGCUGUCCCCCUCCCUCGCGGCGCCCUCUCCCCGAGCGACAGCGACGCCUGGGCCCCGCGACAUCCGGCUGAUCGCACUGGACAUGGACGGCACGCUCCUGGACGGCACCUCCUCCGUGCUUUCCUCCUCCGCCGACGCCAUCCGCGCGGCGCUGGCCCGCGGCGUGCACGUCGUGCUGGCCACCGGGAAGGCGCGGCCGGCCGCGCAGGCCGCGCUGCGCGCCACGGGCAUCGCCGAGCUGGCCUCGGCCGCCGCGCCGGGCAUCUUCCUGCAGGGCCUGCUGGUGUACGGCCAGGGCGGGCUCCUGCUGGCUUCUGCCGCCCUGGACCCCGCCGUUGUCCAGGCGGCCUUCGAGUACUCUGAUGCACACGGAGGGUCGCUGUGUGCCUUUCUUGGGGACGAGUGCCUGACCACCAGGCUCACGCCGGAGCUGAUGGAGCUGCACACGCGAUACCACGAGCCACUACCCUUCCUGGCCGCCCUAGCGGGGACUGGUGCGGAGACCAUGCAGGCCCUGCCAAACAUGCUGGAGAUCGUCCCGCGCGGCUGGAACAAGUGGGCCUCCCUGCAGCACCUCCUGGCCGACCUCAAGUUGGAUGCCAGGCACCUGAUGGCCGUGGGGGACGGCGGCAACGACCUUGCCAUGAUCCGGGGCGCCGGGCUGGGCGUGGCAAUGGGUAACGCGGUACCAGAGGUACUGCAGGCGGCGGACCUGGUGGUCCCCGGCCACGACGAUCACGGGGUGGCGCACGCCAUCCGAGCCGCGCUGGGAGAGCCCUAG